AUGACUUUAGAAUCAAAGCCUGAGUUGACAGAGAAGGUUGAUGAUCAGCAUCACGGUACCAACAAAAAUGAAGAAUGUGAGAGUGAAAGUGAAAGUGAGAGUCAAAAUGGGCGAGUAUUUAAAAAAGCAUCAUGUGCCGUGAUUAUCAAGGAUCUGAGACUGAGUGAUGCUGGGAAAUACAUUUUGAGAGUCCAUUACACUGAUACUCAGGCAGAAGUGAAGCGUCAAAUCAAGACGUACCGACUUCUUUUUCAGGAUGAGAUUUCAGUGAAGAAAGGUGAGGAGCUGAAGUUGGACGUUCAGUUGUCCAAUGCUUAUAAAGUAGUGCACUGGACCAAAAGAGGCACAGAGCGGAAGGAGGACUGGAAUAAAAGCCAUGGGGUCAGGAGUGAUCGAAUGACCAUCAGAGAUGGAAACCUGAUCAUUAAUAACUUUACAGCCACUGACGCUGGAACAUACGAGGUUCUGGACACUGAAGGAGAAAUCCUGAUCAUGGUGACAGUCACAGAAUCAAAGGACAAAAUAAACUACUUUAAUGAUGACAUACAACAACACACUUCCCCCCUUCCACCUGAACCAUAUUGGAUUGUUCUAGUUGAAUUGUUUGUGCUUUUGGUGAUUCUCGUUGCUUUAAAAAGAAAAAAGAUGCACAGAUGUCCAGGAGCACAACUGCACAUUUGCUGA